CCGAGAAGCCAUGGCGCACCAGCCGGACGCCGAGGCGCCCCUGCUCGGCAAGCCCGACGCCGCCUCCCCGCCGGCGAGGCGCAACAAGUACCCCUUCUUCUGCGCCGUGCUCGCCUCCAUGACCUCCGUCCUCAUGGGCUACAACGUGGCGGUGAUGAGCGGCGCGCAGAUCUUCAUGGCGGAGGACCUGGGCAUCAGCGACGCGCAGGUGGAGGUGCUCUCGGGCGUCAUCAACAUCUACUCGCUCGUCGGCGCGCUGCUGGCGGGGUGGACCUCCGACCGCCUUGGCCGGCGCCUCACCAUCGUGCUCGCCAACGUCUUCUUCCUCGCCGGCCCGCUCGCCAUGGCGCUCGCGGGAGGGUACGCCGCGCUCAUGGUGGGCCGCUUCAUCGCCGGCGUGGGCUCCGGGUACGCGCUCGUCAUCGCGCCCGUCUACGCCGCCGAGAUCGCGCCCGCGUCGUCCCGCGGCCUCCUCACCUCGCUUCCUGAGAUCUUUAUCAACACCGGCGUGAUGCUGAGCUAUGUUUCCAACCUGGCCUUCUCGGGGCUGCCCGUGCACCUCUCGUGGCGGAUGAUGUUCGCGGCGGGGGUGGUGCCCACGGUGUUCCUGGCGGCCGGCGUGCUCACCAUGCCGGAGUCGCCGCGGUGGCUCGCCAUGAAAGGCAGGGUCGCCGAGGCGAAGGCCGUGCUCGACAAGACGUCGGACACGCCCGCCGAGGCCGAGCAGCGGCUGCUGGAGAUCGAGGCCGUCGUCAGCAGCGGCGGCCGGAGCAGCGAAGGCGGCGGCGGCGCGUGGAAGGAGGUGGCCACCAGGGCCGGGGUCCGCCGCGUGCUGGCCAUCGUGCUCACGCUGCAGUUCUUCCAGCAGUCGUCGGGCAUCGACUCGGUGGUGCUGUACGGCCCGCGCGUGCUGGCCAUGGCCGGGGUCACCUCCAACACCCUGCUCCUGAGCCUGAACGUCCUCUUCGGCGUCGCCAAGGCCGGCUCCAUCCUCAUCGCCAUGGCGCUCGCCGACCGCGUCGGCCGCCGGCCCCUCCUCCUCGCGAGCACGGGCGGCAUGACGGCGUCCCUGCUGGUCCUGGGUUCCCUGUUCGCGGCGUUCGCGGGCGCCAAGGACGACGCCGCGGUGGCCGCGGUGAGCGUCGCCGCCGUGGUGGCGUUCGUGGUGGCCUUCUCCGUCGGGCUCGGGCCGCUGGCCUGGGUGUACAGCUCCGAGAUCCUGCCGCUCCGGCUGCGGGGGCAGGGCGCCGGGCUCGGCACCGCCAUGAACCGGGUCAUGAGCGGCGUGGUCACCAUGACCUUCAUCUCGCUCUACCAGGCCAUCAGCAUGGCCGGCGCGUUCUACCUCUACUCCGCCGUCGCCGCGGCCUCGUUCGUGUUCGUCUACGCGUGCCUGCCGGAGACCAGGGGCCGGAGCCUCGAGGACAUGGAGGAGCUCUUCCACACCAAGUGAUUCGUGUGAUCUGACCGAACCAUCAAUUCGAUUCGGUUGGUGCAUAUAGACGGGUGAAAAAAAAAUGAAAUCGCAAUGUGCUCUGCCUUUUUCUGCAGAUGAUGUGUCCCUUUGCUUCUGAAUAUCAGGCAUUUUUACGCCUGUUUGAAACGCAGAAGUUCCGUGUAGUUCAUAGUUGUGCAAUCAGAAAAUGGUAGACAUUUAGACUAUGGUUUCUUGUAGGAGAUAAUCAGAGGUAAUUAAUUUGUUCGGUACAAACUAUCACAAGAAUUAUGGGAUUUCAUGAUAGAA